AUGCCUCCAAGUGUACUGCAACGAUGCCCAGUCCCCAUCCAUUCCGCAUAUCAGUGCCCCGAUCUCUACCCUCCUCCCACCGAUCCACCAUGUCAGAGACGUAGCACCCGCAGUCCGCGCGGUGGGUGCUCUGCUCGCCGCACCACGCCAGGCGCCCGUCUCAGGGCUCGGUCGAAGCCGUGGCGCGACGUGCGCCCAGAGUACGACCAGAGCUAUUUCUUGGGCUCCGGCAACUCUUGCCUCAACCGCACCGUCACCAACCCGGUCUGCCCCUCCUUCUUCGUCUUCGACAACGACUGUUAG